AUGCAACAUUGAUUUGUGUUGAAAUUAUUUUAUUAGCUUACUUAUAGAGAUUGCACAGUAAUUCAAGAAGCAGGAGAGACGGCUCACAGAACCCGGAUGAGCAGUCUGAUACACCUUAAUUCCCGGAUGUGCGGUUGUUACAGAGCAAUAUCUGACUGCCGGAUGGCGCCAUUGACCAAUCAGAAUAGAGUAUUCCAGAGAGCCGUGUAAUAAGGCAUAAUAACACAUUGAAGAUAGGAAUUCCAUCUGUCAAACAAUUGCAGUCUUAAAGCACAGAACACAAGACACGAGAAAUAAAGUUGCAAUUGUAAGCUUAAAUCGUGCAGUUGCGAUAUUAAGUUGAUGAAAAGCAGUUGCUCCUUUAUUCCAUGGAAUAAAAACCUAAAAAAGGUCAUUCUGACUUUAUGUCUUACAAUUCUGACUUUAUUUCUCGCAAAUGUGAUUUUAUAUUGAUUCAAAUCACAAUUGUGUAAUAUAAAGUCACAAUUACGAGAUUAUAAAGUAAAAGUUGUGUGAUCUAAGGUCGCAGUUGCAAGAAAUAAAGUCACAAUUGAGAGAUAUUAUGUCAAAUUGUACUUUUUUAUUUACUUUUUUUUAUUCUGUGUCAGGAUCAAGGCACCAUACAAUUGCUUGUCUGAGAUGGAUAUGAAAUUAAAUGGAGAGCAAAUAGAAAAUUUCCUUUAGUCUGCUGCUUCUCAGUUUUUUCUCCUUCUCAUACUUUUCUCAUACAAUUUUUUUUAUAUGAAUUCAAAUAUCUCAUUAAAUUCUUCCAGACUAAAUUAUCUGGACUAUUUGAUAUACAUUACUUUUAUAGUUCUAUUACAUUAUGUCAACAACUGAAAAAUGAAAAUUCUCUCAUCAUUUACUUACUCUCAUGCCAUCCCAGAUGUGUAUGGCUUUCUUUCUUCUGCAGAACACAAAUUAAGGUUUUUAGAAGAAUAUUUCAGCUCUGUAGGUCCAUACAAUGCAAGUGAAUGGUGAUCAGACUUUUGUUGCACCAAAAAUCACAAAAAGGAAACAUAAAAGUAAUCCAUAAGACUCCAGUGUUUAAAUCUAUAUCUUUGAGAGCAAUAUAAUAGGUGUGGGUGAGAAACAGAACAAUAUUUAUGUCCUUUUUUACUCUAAAUCUCCACUUUCACUUUCACUUUCACUUUCAGAUGUGAAAGUGAAACUAAACAGGCACCACAUAUGGCUUUCAGAUGUAAAAGUGAAAGUGGAGAUUUAGAGUAAUAAAAAAAGUCUUACAUUUUUCUCAUUUUUGGGUGAACUAUCCCUUUAAUAUCACUGUAUCAACAUGAAUAUAUGAGGUAACACUAACAAAACUCAUUUUAAGGGUUAAAUCAAGUAGAUUUAUUAGUUUGUGAAUUUUGAAAAAAAUAAAAGUGUAAAAAUUAGCUUUACACUCUGCUAUAACUGAGACAUUUACUUCCACUUCAAAAUAACCAAACUCAAGUCAAGAGUGGUCAUUUUCGUCAAAGCAAUUGUCAGUGUGUUCCCAUAGAGUUGUAGAUUGAAAACAGCCACAGUUACUCUAAUCUACACAGCACAGACUUUCAAACUUAAUCUCUAAACAAGCCCGAAUUCAUGUCCCUUUGUAGCUGAGCCAUCUUCCAACAGGUCUGGCUGGACAGGGCAUGUCUUUGCAGGGUGUGAAAUGUCUGGACUUUUCCUCUGUCCCUGUCAUAAUUGGUGUGUCCUGGUUUCCUCAGGCGCUGUCAGCCGUGUUACACUGAGUGGAAGAGCUCAGUGGAGACUGGCACUCUCUGAGAGGCGUAUCCAGCCAAGAGACCAUCUGUCAUAGAGAAUAACUGCGUGACAGCACAAAUACAGUUCUACCCCACCAAAUCCCAGCUCUCACUGAGAACUGAUGGAAAUGAGCAUUUACUUCAAGGUUUUUCAAUUGAUUUAAAAUAUAUUCAAUUGUAAUUAUUGGAAUUAUUCAACACUGGUGGUUUCUCAGAGAAACGCCUGGCCGCUGUGCAGGAAAAACUACAAAUCCCAGAAACACAAAUAUUUCCUGCAUGACGUCAUCACGCACGGAUGAAAGCAGUCGCUUGAGAGUAUUAAUUUAAUGGUAAAAGAAGAACAGCAUAUACAUAUUUGACAUACAUAUUCACCGUUUGUGCAUUGCCAAAAUAAUACACAAAUCUGCGUGGAACCGUCACCCGUGUUGCAUUAGAUCAAUGGCUGUGUCCGAGUGGCGUCUGUCGUUGAAGCUGAUGGAUCAACCUUCUCUUUCAAAGUCAGUGCUGCAGUUUCCAGACCCUGAACCUGGAGAUGUUCGUCCUGGCGAGUAUCGGGUCGCCACUCUCAAGCAGCUCGUGUCAGCACAGAUUCCUGAUGCCAUACCAGAUCCGGAGCUCAUAGAAUUGGUGUACUGUGGCAGAAAGUUAAAAGAUGACUUGACACUGGAGUCCUAUGGGAUUCAGUCUGGAUCCACUGUGCACAUCUUGAGAAAAUCAUGGCCAGAACCUGAGAUCCGGCCAGAGCCAGUGGACAAGGUAACAGCUGCGAGAGAGUUUCGUGUCUUACAAGCUGCCCUUCACACCAGCACUGCAUACAGGGACGCGGUGUUCAAGAUGCUAAACAACAAGGAAUCCCUCGAUCAGAUCAUUGUUGCAACCCCCGGGUUGAGCAGCGAUCCUGUGGCUCUAGGGGUACUGCAAGACAAAGACCUCUUCGUACAAUUCACUGACCCGAACAUGCUUGACACCAGGUUGAUCAGUUCUCAUCCGGCACUGGUCAGUGCCAUCAUCCUGGUGCUGCACUCUGUGGCUGGCAGCGUGCCACCCCAGCAGAGCACCAGCUCAUCCAGAAAUGUGUCUUCUAGCUCUUACAGUGACAUGCCAGGAGGUUUUCUUUUUGAAGGCAUGUCUGAUGAUGAGGAAGAAUUCCAACUGGGCAACCGUGGUGGCCCAUCCACUCUUGCGAGUGGUUUGGGGGGCAUGAGGCCUGCUUCGCUUGGUUACAAUGGCGCCGUGGGCCCCAGACCCAUCACUCAGAGUGAGCUGGCCACAGCUUUGGCCCUCGCCAGCACCCCCGAGAGCAGUGCGGUUACACCUACCACGGGGAACCAGGGUCCCUCAUCAGGAGUGUCUCCUAUUCCUGCAGGAACUCCUAUAACAAAUGACCUGUUUAACCAGGCCCUGCAGCAGGCACUUCAGGUCUCCAGCAUGUCCAGCUUACAGAACCAAUGGCAAUCUCAGCUCCAGCAGUUGCGGGACAUGGGCAUCCGUGAUGAAGAGCUGAUCCUGAGAGCCCUGCAGGCCACGGGUGGAGACAUCCAAGCUGCUCUUGAGCUCAUAUUCGCUGGAGGAGCACCAUGAGUCCAUUCUUUUCAAUCAAACGUGGUCAUGAUGUUACAAGAAUUUCUCAAAACACAUAUUUAGAGAUUCAUUAUUUUAAUGACCAUUUGUUUCUAACUUAUAUUUGUCUCUUAUGACCCUCUUUUUUUUUUUUUUUUUUUUUAUAAAUA